GCCGUUUUUUUUUUCUUAUUUCACACAUCUUCACUUUAUCCUGGUGUGAAGAAACUUUUUGGCUACGCCGCUUUCCUUCAUGUGGCACAUCUCUCGAGGUAAUGUGCUGCGUGGUGUAGCAAAAGUGUCUACCGGGCUCUUGAAGCCGUCUUUCAAAAGCCUGGUCGUCUCGGCGCGCCUUUCAACCUCUGCGACAGAGACGGCGUUCUCGCAACCUAGACACCAUACGCUACUCCGAAAUUUAGAAACUCGCAUCAUGAGUUCGGAAGAAUGGGGAUAUCAGUCGGGGUCGGGGUCGGGGUAUACACCCCUUAUCUCUCAGAGGUCUUUAAUCCAACAAGCCUCUAAGCCUAUCUCUGUACAAGAUGGAGAACAAAUACCGUUGGAAGCUCAGUCGCUAUCGCAAUCUCAACCUCAAUCGCAGGCUUCUACAGCUGACGCCGGCCUAUUCGCAAACAUCUCUACGCCGCCUCCGCCUGAAGUAGACUCUCCUCCCUAUUCACCACCUUCUGUUAUAGGAUCUCCAGUCCCUCGCUCCCCAAGUCCAGCAAUCAUUAAUGGCAACGACGCAAAGCCGAACAAAGUUCAGAAACCGAAGAAGUUGAAAAACGGCCGGGAUAAGAAAACCGAGCCGUCUGCUGCUUCAGGUGGUGUCCCAGAUCCUUCCCCAGAGUAUCUAGCCCUUGCUGCAUAUCCGCCUUUCCAGCUACCAUAUGCGCGCAAGAUCCUCGUAGUCAUCGACCUCAACGGCACGCUAUUAUACCGACCUAGCCGACACAAUCCUACCUCCUUCGUCGAGCGUCCUCACGCGCGCACCUUCUUGCGCUAUUGCAUUGAUACGUUCAAGGUCGUUAUCUGGUCUUCAGCGAAAUCGAACAACGUGAAAAGAAUGUGUGCGCAACUUCUCACUCCCGAGCAACUAUCCAGGGUUGUUGCCGUCUGGGGCCGCGAACGCUUCGGCUUGUCGCCAGAUGACUAUAACACCCGCGUUAUAUGUUACAAGCGUCUCAGUGCUCUGUGGGCCGAUCCUACUGUUGCGGCUAGCCAUCCAGAGUUUGCAGAAGGAAAACGAUGGAGUCAGGCUGAUACUCUACUAGUGGACGACUCGAUCGAGAAAGCACGUAGUGAACCGUACAACAUCAUCGAGAUACCCGAAUUUGAAGGACAUGCUACCGAGCCAGGCUUCGUCCUUCCUCAGGUACACGACUAUAUUAAUGAAUGUGCUCGUCAGGCUGACGUUAGCACCUAUAUCCGUAACCAGCCUUUUAAGACGGUACCGGGCUGGCAGCUUCUCCCUUCUAACACUCUUGAGUGAAGAGGGAAAGAAAACGGAGAAGAGAGGAACAGAGAGAAGUUAAGCAGAGAAAUCUCCCUCUAUAAUAAGAGACCCAUCUCCUUACCUGUGUGAACUUCCUCCGAGUGGGUGGAAGGUUAGA